AUGCCAUGGAUUCAUUCGAGACUUUCUGUCACGACUUUCCGACCUCCGAGCAGGAUGCACUGUGCAGCACUUGUAUGCUUUUUCUUUGCGGUGCUCUUCUCGUGUGUACAUCCAGCCCAUGCUCAUGAUGGUACUCCAACAAGUAUAUCGGAGCAAAAUGAGGCUUUGGCGACCAUUCUGCUGCCUGAGCGCACAUUCCCCGCCCUCCACGCACGGAUAGACGACUCGAACACGGAAUCGCAACCGACGGGAACCAUUGAAGAGGAAGACCCGUCUUUCGACGAGGUAGAUGGUGAUAACAGUUGGCCCUGCCCACCUGCUGAAUCUGCCAAUUUACUAUCACCGCCGAAUUCUACAUCGACACUUUCUCUCUAUGCGCAUGGCCCAGUGAUAUACUGCAACCCUAUCUGCGUACGUUGGGCGGGUGGUGUGUCACCGUAUACCCUUUAUUAUAUGCUCCUGGAACCCGGCCAAACCUUUAGCGACUAUACAUACGAAUAUAUAGUUUCUACUCAGCGGUCGUACGGCCCCGUAGCUAUAGUACAAUUGGGUGACCAAGACAUGCGCCUAGGCAGGAAACAACGUGGUUUGACAAGAAUUCGAAUUGAAGAUGCCACGGGUACUAGCGAAAUGGCCUGGGUUCAAAACCUUGAACGAAAGCCAGGGACGGGUUGUCUGGGUUCUAUCGGAGGUCACACUCCAAAGCCACCGACCGUUUCAUCCACGGUCAAGUUUGAUGGUUAUACAACUGUCGGAAGUGGACCCCAGAGGACGACGGCAAUGGUGGCUACGAUUGACGGCCAACCAACUACAAUCUUUCCAACAGUACCUCUGGGAUUGAGGCCGAGUGUAAGCGCUCAACCUGGCCCAGAUCCUUCUUUUGCAGCGCCGCCCCGUCCAACUGGUGUUAUGCCGACUGGGAGUGCCGUAGGCGGUUCUAACGGUGAAAUAAAUGCCAGCAACAGUGAUGCACCAAAUGGCAACCCUCAACUGGGUGGACAAGUGGGUCAGGAGCAACAAACACCGCGUCCAUUCAUGGCCAAGCUUUCAAUUCGGCAUCCAAUCCGACCAACCGCGGGGGCUCGGCUAGUAUAG